AUGCAUGGGUACUAUAUAGCCACACCACCCAACUCGGACAUGGCCAGCCCGCUGCGCCAGCCCGCUGCGCUUCAGCCAGCCCGACGCAGCCUCCGGGCACCCUCAUCUCCACACCGCCUCAGCACCCCUCGUCGGCGUGGUCGUACCGUUCCCACCAUCGCAGAGGACGGCCAGGGACUCUUUCAGACCUCGGCGCGAGGGCGGUCGAAGUCCGGCCGGUCGCCCACCUCCAGCCCACUGGACAAGCGAGUCUAUGUGACGCUCGCCUGGCACAAGGCUGGGACCCAGCUGAUGCGGAACACCAUGCGUUGGAUCUGGGACUUGCUGGACGCCCGUGAAGCCUGCAGGUAUGACGGUUAUGGAGUGGACCUCAUCUCGCAUGGCUUCUGGGAGCAGGACUGCCCAGAGCACCCGGACGUCAAGAUCCGCUUCAACAACCACGCGAACCAGACCUUCCUGCCAGCUCUCCGCGCGGACACCGCCAGCUCUGGCGGAUUCAAGGGAGUGAUGACCCUUCGAGACCCCUUGGAGAUGGUCAUCUCCUCCUAUUGCUACCACCACCGUGGCGCUGAGCCCAAGAACCCCAUCUCCGUUGGGAUGGUCGAGCUGGGUCCCAAGGAGGGCGUCCCAGAGAUGGCCAAGCGCAUGGCGCCGAUCAUACGCGAUAUGUUCGAGGUCUUCCAGGUGGCCAAGCCGGAAGUCUAUGUGAGCCACUUCGAGAGAAUGACUGGGAGCUCCAGCGGUUUCAAUCAAACUGUGAAGGAGAUCUUGGACUUCCUCUUCGGCGACGAGGUCUCCGACCACUUCAAGCGCCGUGCACUGGACGCGGCGGCGCACGAGGAUUUGAACCGCGGGGAGGAUGGCUUCAGCUUCUCCUUUCACUCGGAGGCUGACAACCAAGUGAACCAUACCAGUGAUGAUCAAGAACUGAAUGAAGCACGGUCCUAUUUGUCGCUGGUGGACCAGGAGCUUCUUGAAGAGCUCCUCCAUUUCCAGAAGGCCCUCGGCUACCCCCCGACCGCUGUGAAGAAAUUGUCUUGGCUUCUUCCCGCACUGGCCCUGUCCGCCGUAACCUUCACUGCCGCCGCUGCAGAGCAACUGUGGCAGGCCGCGGGGGAGUUCUGCAAGGACCAACACCAGCACGGCCCAGGGCUGUUUCAAACGUCUUUGGCCCGCCGCCACGCGCGGUCAAAGCCUGAAAAUCCCCUGGACAAGCGGGUCUAUGUAACUUGCACGAGUCACAAAGCUGGCAGCCAGCUGCUGCGGAACACCAUGCGUUGGAUCCUGGACCUUCUGGGCGCCCGGGAAGGCUGCCGGUAUGACCAUAUGGGACAAGAGUUCCUCACCCACGGCGUGUGGGAUCAGGAGUGUUCCGAGCACCCAGCGAACGUGCGCUUCCACAACCACAUCAGCGGCAAAGCGCUGCUGGAGCUGCGUGCGGAGACCGCGCAAACGGGCGGCUUUCGGGGAGUGAUGACCAUUCGAAACCCCUUGGAGAUGGUCAUCUCCUCCUAUUGCUACCACCAUCGCGGCGCCGAGCCCUGGAACUCCAUCAGUGACGGAAUGGCCUCCAUGCAUCCCAAGGAUGGCGUGCCCGAGAUGGCCAGAAGGAUGCUGCCCGUCGUCUACAACAUGGUCCAAGCCUACCAGGUGACGAAGCCGGAAGUCUAUGUGAGCCGCUUCGAGAGAAUGACCGGUUCCUCGACCGGUUUCAAUCAAACCGUACAGGAGAUGUUGGACUUCCUCUUCGGCAACGAGGUCUCUGACAACUUCAAGCGCCGGGCACUGGACGCCGCGGUGCAUGAGGAUUUGAACCGCGGGGAGUUCGGCUACUCCUUCACCGAUCACACCAACGACGUCAACCACACGAGUGAUGAACAAGAAAUGGACGAAGCCCGGUCCUAUUUGUCGCUGGUCGACAAGGACCUGAUGGCGCACUACAAGGAAAUGCAGAAGGCCCUCGGCUACUCCACCGAGUGA